AACAUGCCGAACUUUCCCGAUACUGUAUAUGUAACGAAAAUUACGCAUAUUGUGAUUUAAUGAUAUCUAACUGUUUUCCUCCUGCUUUUUUAUCUUUUAUCAAGCUAUGAUGAAUUCAUACGUUUUUUUAUAUAAACCUCAGCUUUUUGACGUCUAUUCCCCUAAGACUCAUUUAUUUCAUUUUAAUAAAUACUCUAUUAAUUGAUUCGAAAUUUCAAAACGAAAACUAUGACUCACUCUAGAAUCGAAGAAGAACUUCAUGACACCGCACAUAUUGAUUAUGAUCAUGUUGCAAUACAAUGGAAUCCCUCGGUUGCUCAAUUAUAUGAAGACGCCCUAAAAUACGAGUCAGGCUCUGCCAUUUCUUCUACUGGCGCUUUAGUAACUGCCUCUGGUAAUAAGACCGGCCGUUCUCCGAAGGACAAACGUAUCGUUGACGAACCUGGCUCUACAAAAGAUAUUUGGUGGGGUCCUGUUAACACUAAAUUGCCAGAACAUGUUUUCCUUAUUAACCGCGAACGUGCGGUUGAUUACUUAAAUACUCGCAAACGUAUUUAUGUUUUUGACGGUUACGCUGGAUGGGAUCCUAAAUAUCGCAUCAAGGUCCGUGUUGUCUCAGCUCGUGCCUAUCAUUCCUUAUUUAUGCGAAACAUGUUAAUACGUCCAACUGAAGAAGAACUCGAAAACUAUGGAACUCCUGAUUUCACUAUCUACAAUGCUGGUGCUUUUCCGGCAAAUCGUUACACAUCCGGAAUGACGUCAACAACUUCAGUAGCAAUUAAUUUCCAUAUGAAUGAAAUGGUCAUUUUAGGAACUGAAUAUGCCGGUGAAAUGAAAAAAGGAAUUUUCACAGUCAUGCAUUAUUAUAUGCCAAUAAAACAUAAUGUUUUAUCUUUGCAUUCGUCUGCAAACGAGGGUGCUGAUGGCGAUGUUUCCAUUUUCUUUGGUCUAUCUGGUACUGGCAAGACCACUCUAUCUGCUGAUCCAAAACGUUUCUUGAUUGGAGAUGACGAACAUUGCUGGUCAGAAGAUAGUAUCUUUAAUAUCGAGGGUGGUUGCUAUGCUAAGUGCAUUAACUUGUCAGCUGAAAAGGAGCCAGAAAUUUUUAAUGCCAUCCGUUUCGGCUCAGUCUUAGAAAAUGUCGUAUAUGAUCCACAAACACGUGUAGUAAACUAUGACGAUGCUGCACUUACAGAAAAUACUCGAUGUGCUUACCCAAUUGAAUAUAUUCCAAAUGCGAAAAUACCUUGCAUAUCAUCAGGCCAUCCCAAGAACAUAAUCUUGUUGACUUGUGAUGCAUAUGGUGUGCUUCCACCAGUUUCAAAACUGUCUUCAGCGCAAGCUAUGUAUCACUUUAUCUCCGGGUAUACUGCCAAAAUUGCUGGUACAGAAGAUGGCGUUACUGAACCAGAAGCUACAUUUUCCGCUUGUUUUGGUCAACCUUUCCUCGUAUUACAUCCAUAUCGUUAUGCCAAAAUGUUGGCAGAAAAGAUGGAACAACAUUCAGCUAAUGCUUGGUUAGUUAAUACUGGUUGGAACGGUGGUGCUUAUGGUAUUGGUGAGCGCAUCAAACUUAAAUAUUCCCGCGCUAUUAUUGAUGCUAUCCACUCUGGAGAACUUGCUCAAGCCGAAUACGAAAAUUAUGAAAUAUUUAAUUUGCAAAUUCCAAAAACAUGUUCGGAAGUACCAUCAGAAAUUUUACACCCUGCGAAGACAUGGAAAGGAAGUCAAGAAAGUUAUGUAUCAACUCGCAAUUUAUUGGCUCAACGUUUCAUUGAAAACUUUAAAUUGUAUCAAGAUCAGACAACCCUUGAAGUUGUCAAUGCUGGUCCAAUUCUCUCCUGAUUUUUGUAAUAUUUGCUUUUUUUUUAAAAAAAAA